AUGCUGUCGUUGAGCGUCUCUGUGACGACCCACUCUGCGUUCCCGUCGCCGGCGUUCCGCGAGGAAGAAGGUCGCGAUGCCGCCAGCUGCUCCCGCUGCGGUGGUCCGCUCUCGAUGAUUAGGGAAGUCGAGCUUCGGUCCAGGAAAGAGGAGGUAGAUGUUGAUGACGAGGAGUGGACUAGCGCUGCUCUCUAUUACGUGGGAAAUAAAAAGAAAUGA